GGGUUUCUGACAGCAACGACGAACGCUCCUCCAACUUCCAUUGGAAAAAUCAUGACGGGAACCAAACAGACGAGACGUCGUCGCGAAUCUUCGCCACGCUCCUCACGGGAUAACGACCGUCGAACCAGCCAAAAGCCCGACCAUUCAUCACACCCAGCCUCGCAACGUCCCGCGUCAAGUUCGGAGCCGAAUCACCACCGGAUAAACCAACAACCACCAACGAGUAAGCGCCCAGUUUUUGCUUCGUACAUUGACACCCCUAAUUUGCCCGUUAAAGUGAAACUACUAUGUGGAAUUAUUGCACAUACACCGUCGUUAGAUGUAACUAGGGUUUUAGAUGAUACCGGAAUUAGGGUUUCUACAGAAACUGUUGAAGACGUUCUUAAAUUAUCGUAUGCGCACCCAGGCGCGGUCGUUAAGUUUUUUCGGUGGUCGGGAUAUCAGUUGAAUGAUAAACAUAGCCCUUAUGCUUGGAAUUUGAUUGUCGAUAUGUUAGGAAAGAAUGGUAUGUUUGAUGCAAUGUGGGAUGCGAUCAAAUCGAUGAAGAAAGAAGGGUUACUUUCCUUGGCUACAUUUGCUUCUGUUUUUGGUAGUUAUGUGAUGGCUGAAAGGGUGCAGGAGGCCAUCAUGACAUUUGAAGUAAUGGACCAGUAUGGUUGUGCAUGCGAUAUCGUAGCUUUGAACUCUUUUCUCAGUGCAAUAUGUAGAGAUGGGAAGACUGUAGAUGCCAAAGAGUUCUUGAAUGUUGUUAGGACUAGAAUUAGGCCGGAUGCUGAUACGUAUGCGAUUUUGUUAGAGGGAUGGGAGACAGAACAGGAUGCGGUUAACGCUAGAAAAACUUUUGAAGAAAUGGUAGUCGGAAUUGGGUGGGAUCCUAACAAUUAUCCAGCUUACGACUCUCUUUUAAACACGUUGCUCAAGGGUUCUGAUGGGCUGCGGGAGGCUAUGAAAUUCUUUGAAUCUUUGAGGGAUAGGAGGUGUUAUCCGGGGAUGCGGUUUUUCAAAGCUGCACUAACCGAGUGUGUGUCAACGGGUGAUGUGAAGGCUGCCGAAGUGCUCUGGGUUGCAAUGGCUGUGCAGAAUGAUUGCAAACCCGAUACUGAAAUGUAUAAUUUGAUGAUAACUUUGUAUUCAAAGCGUAAGGAUUUUGAUCUAGCUAGAAGGUGGUUAGAUGAUAUGGUUUUCAAUGGGGUGUUCCCUGAUUCCGAAAGUUAUAAUCUUCUUUUCCAGUUUUUGAUAAAGAGCAGGAAAGUAAAAGAAGCUGGACCAGUAUUUGUUGAGAUGAUUAAAAAUGAGUUUGUGCCAACCCAUGCCAACUGCUGUUUAGCAGUUAAGGUGUUCAUAGAUGGGAUGGACCCUUAUAUGGCAAUAAAAGUUUGGAAAUGCAUGAUUGAGAAUUACAAGAAGUCAGAGGAGCUCGAGGAAACUGUAAAUCUAUUGGUUGAUGGGUUACGUGAUCUUAAUCUUGUUCCUGAAGCAGUGAAGUAUGCUGAAGAUAUGGUAGAUCGAGGGAUCAAGUUGACUUCUGCUACAUUAUCAAGAUUAAGACCGAGUCUUGCAAAAGCUGGUAAGGGACCUGUUUAUAAUGAUCUCUUGAAGAAAUGUAAGCUUCAGUAGGUAAUCUUAACCCUGUUUUGAAAGGUAAUCCUUAAUUCCUUAUCUGCAACAUGAGAUGGUCUGAGCUUUUCAUCGGAUUCGAUUAUGGUUAUAAUCAUCAUGUUUCUGGAUGAAGAUGAAGUUUUGAGUCUACAUCCAUCUAUGAUAGAAAAGUAUUGGGUGUUUGGAAAAACCCUUUGCUUGUGAAUUUUUGGUAAUUUGAUGGAGUUGGUGGCUUUUAGCAUAGUGGGCAUGGGCAGUGUAUAUUUGUUGGAAAGGUUGAAGUUUACUGUCAUAUGUAUUUGAAGCUGAUGAAAUGAUUAAAUGUCUUUUUU